UUCUGUUGUGAUGGACAUGGUUGUUGGAUUGCAUAGGAACAUGAUCCUAAAUCUCGUCAAGUUUUCAUUUCUUAACUAUUCGUUCUUCCCUCACUACAGGUCAGCGAGAUCUCCCAUUCUAUUUCUGUGUAUUCUUCUUUGAAAAUUUCCUAUUCCCUUUAACUUUUUUAUCAACAAUUGUAUGUACCUAAGAAAGAGUCAAGAGUCAGAGACAGAGACAGGGUCAAGUGUUUUAGGUGGGAAUAUGGAAUACAAGGGGUAGUAGACUCAAAACUGCAAAUACCUUCCCCAUUCACGACGCUUUCGAAAUUCGAACCCCCUUUUUGUUUCUCUGUGUACUCAAGAGUGAGUAACAAUGCUUUGAUUGAUGGGGUUGGAUCAAAUUUUUGUCUUUUUCAUCACAUAGCAUACCCUUUUUGGAGAUAUGUUAGGGGAAGAAGGGAAGAAGGACAAGCCCUCCGGUUGGAGAACAUAUUCUCGUUCAGUUUCGUGGACUGACCGGUCUCCGGUUAACCGUAAACCACCGGCAACUGCAAAUAGCAAACCAAGAUCAUUGUUGCCACCCCUUCAGCCUCUCUCAAUCAACAAGCGUAGUGUGGAGGAAUGGCCUAGUGCUGGAUCUGAUGAUCUUGGAGUUUGGCCCCUUCCACAAACUCCAAGAGGGUCCAUCAGAGCCUAUGAUUCAAGUCAACCCACCAAGGAUUUUCAGUUCAAGAGGGACAAAUUGGCCUUCUUUGAUAAAGAGUGUUCCAGAAUUGCUGAGCAUAUAUACUUGGGGAGUGAUACAGUGGCCAAGAAUCAUGAACUUCUGAGACAAAAUGGAAUAACUCACGUGCUCAACUGUGUUGGGUUUGUUUGUCCUGAGUAUUUCAAAAGAGAUUUUGUGUACAAGACACUUUGGUUGCAGGAUAGUCCAACGGAGGAUAUCACGAGUAUUCUAUAUGAUGUGUUUGAUUACUUUGAAGAUGUUCGAGAGCAAGGUGGUCGUGUCCUUGUCCAUUGUUGUCAAGGGGUUUCUCGAUCAACAGCUCUUGUAAUUGCUUAUCUCAUGUGGAGGGAGGGACAAAGCUUUGAAGAUGCUUUUCAGUUUGUGAAGACUGCGAGGGCAGUGACAAAUCCAAACAUGGGUUUUGCUUGUCAACUUUUGCAGUGUCAGAAACGGGUACAUGCUAUGCCUGCUAGUCCUAAUUCUAUUCUUAGGAUGUACCGUAUGGCUCCUCACUCACCCUAUGACCCUCUUCAUCUGGUUCCUAAAAUGGUAAACCAGCCAUGUGCACAAGCACUUGAUUCUCGUGGGGCUUUCAUUAUCCAUGUUCCUUCUGCUAUUUAUGUAUGGAAUGGAAAGCAUUGUAACUCGGUGAUGUCAUGCAAUGCAAGGGGUGCAGCUUUUCAGGUCAUCCGUUAUGAGAGGGCAAAGGGUCCAAUUUUGAGCAUCCACGAAGAUGAGGAACCACCAGGGUUUUGGAUUGCUCUUUCUGAUGAGCAACGCUUAUCAAGUAAUUCUAACAAAGAAGGGGUCAUGGAGGAACCAGUGUUGUUGUUGCCUUCUGAAAACAUGGAGAUUUCUGAUGCAGUUAUGGAGAUUAGUCCAAGAAAAAUUGAUGCAUAUGAUUUGGAUUUUGAGAUUUUCGACAAGGCACUUGAUGGUGGGGUUGUUCCACCUUGUUCUGUAUCUAAUGCGGAAUCAGAAACUUGCCUUCCUGCUAGAGAACAUGGUUGGGGAAGACUGAGGAGGAAGUUUGCUAGUGGUGGCAUGAAAAGAUUGCUUGCAUCUCCCAAAUGGAAAUGUGGUGCAACCUCAUGCAAUGAUCAAUCCAGUGUAAUUUUGGAAGAAGAGAACCAACAUUCUGUAACUGAUACUUUGUCACCAUCAUUCAAUCAUCCCUGUGGUUCACCUGAUUCCUUUGAAUGUUCUCCAAAUAACAGCUUAGGCAGGGUAAAAGAUACUCUUGCUUCAUCAUUGCCACCAUCUCCUCUUGGCACAUUAAAUCCUUUUCCUCGUUUUCUAUGCAGCAACAAUUCAAAAUUCAAUUGCAAGUCACCAACACUUUCACCUUCAAGUUCUGAUUACACAAGUUCAUUUACAUUUUCACCUUCCUCUACCAAUUGGUCCGACUUGUCAUUUGUGUCUUCUCGGCAGCCAUCACCAUCUGGCCUGGAAUCAACUGAACCCUUUUAUGUUAAAGAUGCAUCUUUCUCAGAAGGUUCCUCUUUAGUUGAAAAAGAAGUUGUCUCUUCACCUUCAGAGACAUUUUCAGUUAAUCACACCUUGGGAGGUGCAAACUCCUAUUUGCCAUUGAAAGGGUCUUCUCUCUCCAUUGCAGAGCGCAGAGGGAGUUAUCUACCACCUCGGAUGUUGUUAUCCUCUGUCAAUGAAUCCUCUCACGUACACAAGAACCUGGAGGACUGCACCUAAUAACAUCCGAAAGAUGGAUUAUAAGAUUAAGCCUCCAAAUAUUUUGCCCACUAAUAUAUAUAGUGAAAUCAGGACACGCAGCAUGUACUGCAUAUGGUAAUGUUGGUAA